UCCUUAUCCGGCCCCAGCCGCUCCAAGCAUUUUUUGGCAGUCAGGAUGGCGGAGCUGGAAGACAGCCGCCUCAGCUGGAAGGGCAGGCGGAGGCCGGUGUCUGCAAACCAGGCGGUGAGUCUGCAGAGGGAGGAAUGUGCCUGGUUUUGCCGUGGAUCCCGAGCGCUCAGAUGCAAAGAUUCCGAGAAGAGUGGCUGCAGUCUUGGGCAAAUUACUUCAUUUGAACCAGAACUCCUGCCUGCUCCGUGCGGACUGCUGAGCACGCUAUCUCCUCGAAACUGUCUGCUCUCAACCGAACACCCGCUCAGGAUCUCGGCCUCCAAGGACAUAGAAAGCUUCCUCCAAAUUUCCUGGGGGUCACGUUGGCACAAAUACCUUCAAACCGUUUGGGAACAAAAAAGACCUUUCUCACUUGGAAAGAAAUAUUUACUGCAGUCUUUUCUAAGUAACUUAAGUAACGUCUUAUCCGGCCCUCACCGCGUCCAGCCUAGAGGUCUGGAUCUUUGGUCGGCACUGGGAGAGCGAUCUCCAAGGUUCGUCGAGACCUUCGCUGCGUCAGCGGAUGGCCGGGUCUGCGGGCCUAACCCCUCAUUGCCCUUGGUCCUGAAGUUGCAGGGACCCCCAGCCAUCAGCACUGCCUCGGCGAAGUCCCGACUCGGCUCGCCUCACCCUGUGGAUAUGUGGGGGUUGGCUGGGGCCAUGGGCUGCUGGCCUUGCUCAGAAUCAGCCAGGGAACCGUAGCGAGGGCCGAGGCACAAAGCCGGCGCGGCGAGUCAGGACGCACGCACGCGACGGGGUCAGGAGUGGCGCGCCCUAGGAGCCAGGUCCAGGCUCUGGACCUCGCAGCCUCGCCUGGGUGUCAGGUUGGAGGUCCCUGGUUUGGUGGCUCCAGGUUGCAGGACUGUCAGGGCUUCAGCCCUCAUUGUGCCCUGCCCGCCUCUGGCGCUGCGUCUCUAAGCCCGUGCACUUAGGGCCCGGCAGUGCUGGUCUUUUUCCUGGGCAUCUCUCUCCAUCCUCCCGCCAACGGCCCAGGGCCCUAGGGAAGAGGGCUAGGGAGACUCGGUUGGCCUGCACAAGCUGAGCCUUUAUCCUAGAACGUGCCUCUAGGUUCUCCAACUUCCCUCUGCCUCCCUGUGCUCCUGCCAACCGGAGGCAAGGACCUUCUUACCUCUUAAUGCUGGCCACAUCCAGAGACCGCGCAAAGCCUCUGAGUCCGGGACCCUGAAACCACUCGUGGUCUUCCCCCUGCAGUCCUCCUCCUCUCCCUCCUGCCAGUCUUUUUCCCCUCGUGGCCCCUUCCUCUCUCACAAUCCCAUUUUACUCUGCCACCCAUUUUCCCUUCUACCCUCCCCCACUUCCUUUCUUCCUCACCUCCUCCCCCAUGUCCUCAGCUUCCUUUCUCACUGUCUUCACUCCUCCCCACCCGUUUUCCCUCUUACCCAUUUUCUCACUCUUCCCUCAUCUUGUUUCAUUCCCCCUUUCCCUCCCUUGACCCCUCCACUCUGAUGCUCUCAGUUUUUUGAUGGUGACCCCUGUAGAUGUUUGUUGUGAAGGAAAUCAGGGCAGCACAGGAAGGCUGCAGGAGGUGGGGUGAGACUAACUAAACAAGACCCCACUCCUGAGCCCCACACUCCUUCCUCCAUCCCACCCCUGUAUUUCUGACUCUCAGGGGCUGCUCAGUAAAAUGCCCAUGCACCUCUGGGGCUGGUGAAAGGGAAGCUACUCUGUGCCCUGCUCCAACUGGUAAGACCUCUCCCACCUCCCAGGCCGUCACUCUCUCAUAGCCUCAGCAGUGUGCCCUAGCUGGUCUGUGGGGCUCCAGGUGGUAGGCUUGGUGGCCUUCCCCAUGGAAAUCCCCACUCCAGGCAGAUCAUGAGGAGCCUCCGUUUCCUGCAAUUGUGGCAGUCUGAAGAGAACCGGAGCAGAGCUGGAGGUGACUAUGAGGCCUGGGCUCCAGGCAUCCCCUGAGAGCAGAUGGGGGCGCCCAGACCAGAAUGCCCCACCACCACUACACCACACAGGUGAGAGCAAACUGACCUUCCCUUCUUUCCCCAACCCCACUUUAGACUAGGGGUUGUAUCACCUUGAGAUCAACCCAACUGGAAGGUGUUUCAGAGAUUGCCUUAAAAUGCAAGGGCCAAAUCUAGAAGAGAGUGGUCCAGGCUUCUCACACCAGCCAAGGAUUGAGCACUCUAGCUGCUCUGGGUUUGCCAAUAAUCUCCUACCUUCUCCCUAACUGGGGCCAGUUGUGGGGGGCACUGAGUCACUGGCCUCUUGAAAGGAGACUAAGUCUCAUGCCUUCUCCUCUGGGAGCUGGGCUCCCCAGAUGCAUGGCAGGCAGUCAGCCACCCUCUACCCUUUACCUUCCAGCUGCAACCGUAUUUUUGAGAUUGGUGGCAGUUUCAUCUCCUGAGAAAGACAGGUUUCCAGUAGGUAGAUGGAGAGAUGACAUAGAUGUUUCUAUAGACUUGCCUUUCUCUUUGAGUGAGGAAGAAAGUGCUUUCCUGUGUGAACACAUGAGUGAAUGCACACGUGGAUGGGCAUGGGAAAGAAGGCACUCGGGACUCCCCAUAAAUGUAAACUCCACAUUAGGGCUCUGAUCUUCCAUGAUCUUUCAGAUCAUGUGGUCAUUACAGCAGGGCUGACCAACACUCAUUCUAAAUUCCCUCCCUCCUUUUUUCCCCUCACAAUAAUGUGAAUUGCUGGUAGUGACACAAGAUUUGGAGAUACAUGAUUAUAUGAUCCAAGAUGAAAAUUAACUUCCAUGACUGUCAGAUGCACUAUUUCUAUAAGACAAUUUAUGGGAUCAUUACAAUUAGCUUUGUACAAGGUGGUUUCAUAAAGGCCUGUCUAAGCUGUAGUCAGAGAAGAGGGAAUCGAUUAUUACCAGAGUUGUAAUGACCGUGUGUGUUUUUGAAAGUAAUAAAACUACAUUGAAAUAUUCUGUGAUUUAGACUUUUAAAAACUCCAUGGGUCAUGCCCUCAACACUAGUGUAGUAGAGAGGGUGGCCAAUGUGUAUAUAAGUGUAUGUAUUGUGCCCCCACAUGAGUGAGCAGAUGUGAACAUCUUAUACCUCUCACAACCAGUAAGUCAGUAAGCAUGUACAUGAGUGGCUGUAGACAGACCUCCUGAGCAUUCAUGUACAAGGGUUGCCUUGGUGACACCCUCCUCUGCAAGGACAGCCCAUAGAUGAGGAGGUUGAGUUUGCCGUAUGGGGUUCAGGGAGAUGGUGUUUUCUCUAAGUCAUAAUCAUACCUCAUGCCUCUGUCUUGGGCUGGAGCACUGGCCCUGUAGUCCACCAGAUCUAGGUGUGGAGUCCUGCUGUUUUUGUAGUCUUGUGACAUUGAGCCAGUCCUUCAACCUCGUUAAAUGGCAGUUUUCUCACUUACAAAAGAAGAUAAUAACGGUGUGGACUUUUUAGGCCUGGCAUAAGGAUUAAGGAAAUGAUGGAAGAAAAUCGCUUACAGAGCAUUCCACACCUAUGCGAGGAGAAAUGGUUCUUGUGGUGGUGCUGGGGGUGUGCGUGGUGAGAGGAUAUUGUUAGGCACAGAGGGGCCAAGCUUCUCCUCUAGCUGAGCAGAGACGGGAGAGUGAGGUUCCCAGGCACUCUUUUUUCACACUUAGAAAAGCAUUAAUUGUCCAUCAAAUUUUGUGCUUUUGUGAGGUCUUCAAACAAGGAGACUCAUUCUCUUAAUUAUUAAUUUUAGGAAAUACUCUCAAAAUGACCAGCAGCCUCCUUUCAGCCUCCCCACUCCCCAGUAGUCACUCUCCACCAUCUGAAGCCAAAGAAGCUGCAAACAAAACUGGCGCUCCAGUCCAGCUUCCCACUCCCACAAAUGCAUCAUUUUUAGCUGCUGUAAACAAAUCCCUGGUCUCCUGUCAUUGUUAUCGUGUUGAGAUAAAGAUCUGCCCAAUUAGCGUCCCUGCUGGAAAGCAAAUAAAUCAGCUGCUGGGGACCUACCCUUACGGUGGGCGGCCUUCUCUUACCCAGUCCUCGCCCUACACCAGGCUGUGCCCUCUUUCCUUUUCCCUCUGCGGUGGGUGAGAGCCUCUGGAUUUGCUUGGUUUCUUAUCUCUCUGCUUGGCCCCACACCUGCUGUGUGACUUUAGGCAAGUUACUUACCCUCUCUGAGCCUGUUUCCUUUCCAUAAAGGAGUUAAUGAUGACUACCUUUUAGGGUUGUAGUGAGCGGCUAUAACAAUAGAAAUAAUAUAGCUGACAACAAUAACAUUAAC